AUGAAAUUUAUAUUUUUUAUAUAUUUAGUAAAAAUCAUUUUUAAUUCAUUCAAUCUAUCUUAUGGUGAUACACCAAUAACUACUGAUUCUGGUUCGAACAUAGUUGCUGCAUUUAAAAUUACAGAUGAAACAAGAUUAUCUUGUAUGGCCCAUCGAUGUAAUACAGUACUUGAAACAGCGUGGGAUGAAACAAUAAAAACACACAAAGAUGCUGAAAUUUUUUGCAGUUGUGUGAAAGAUUGGAGAAAAUUUAUUAAUCAAACCAGUGGAAUACAAGAUAAAUUACCGAAAUCAAUUAAAUGUAAUAGUGGAACUCCACUAUGGAGAUCUUAUUUUAAAGCGCACGAUUCAUUGAGUACUUCAUUUACGGCAUUAACUCAAAUUUUAAUGCACGAAAUGAACAACAUCGUAUUUUUAAAUUAA